UGCUAGUGAGACUUUGUUGGUGAGUUAACCUUCGUUCGUCCGUUGCAUUUGGCAUCUUAUAUAUAGUGCCUGUCUUCCCUCGUUCCUUCCACAUUCCUUCCUCAUCUCAUCUUCAUCUUUUUGCUGUGCAAUUCCCCUUUUAUCUUUUACCUUUUUUUUUUUUUUUCCCCACCUUAUUUCCUUAUAUUCCCUUACCUUAUAUCACAGCAGUGCUGUGUCCAGCUAGCUGGUUCUUGUUCUAACUCUCCUAGUGAGAUUUUUUCAUAUCCCCAGAAAAAACAUAGCAUAAAAAAUAUCAUAAUGUCCGCCGAAAACCAAUUCGAAAAGGACGUUGGCCCUGCUGCCAACGACACCAUCAACCACGGCGAUGCUCCUGCUAACGGUGCUCCCGCGGCUCCCAUGCUGUCCGCUGAGGAACACGAGGUUGCCCGUGCUGCUGCCCGUUUUGGUUAUGGUCCUCUGUCGCACGUCAACACUGCUGAGGCCCGUCUUCCCCCAUUCGGUGGUGAAUUCCAACCCGGUCUGUACAAGCCGGUUGAGGGUCGCAAGUUCGCCAACCCUGCUCCUCUGGGCCUGUCGGCUUUCGCCUUGACUACUUUUGUGCUUUCCGCUAUCAACAUGGGUGCUCGUGACAUUUCCGAGCCCAACAUUGUUGUUGGUCUGGCUUUUGGUUAUGGUGGUCUUGUCCAGUUGCUUGCUGGCAUGUGGGAAAUGGCUAUCGGUAACACAUUUGGUGCGACCGCUCUCUCGUCUUACGGUGGUUUCUGGCUCUCGUUCGCCAUUGUCUUGACUCCUGGUGGUUUCGAGAUUAUGAGUUCGUUGGAGGAAGCCGGUGGCGCUACCAUGUGGAACAACUCGUUCGGUCUGUACUUGUUGGGAUGGUUCAUUUUCACCACCAUCUUGCUCUUCUGCACCCUCCGCUCCACCGUCGCCUUCUUCCUGCUGUUCUUCUUCCUCGACCUGUGCUUCCUCAUGCUCGGUGUCGGAUACAUCCAGCGUGACUCCCAGAACCAGCCCAACAAGCCCGUGCUCAUGGCCGGUGGUUUCUUCGGUCUCCUCGCCGCCUUCGCCGCCUGGUACAACGCCCUCGCCGGUCUGGCCGACAACAGCAACAGCUUCUUCAUCAUCCCUGUUGCUCACUUCCCCUGGUCGCCCACUGGUCGCACCCGCCGUGGCAAGACCGACCGUGAGCAGGCUUAAAUGCCUCGUUCGUGUCUUCUGUCGCGUUUGCGUGAAUCUUUCAAUGAAAGUAUAUAUAUAUGGUCGUAAUAUCGAUACCCGUCCGUAGGAUGACUGAACUGCGGAUAUUCGGCCUGUGCUGAUGCAUGAUGUGUUAGCAGUUUGUUUCUUUGUGUUUUUCCUUGUCUGUCAGUAUAGUAAUAGUGUUAAUGUACCUACUGUUAAUAAAUUGCUGUGAAAUCGCUGUCGAUAUUUAUCUAUCGUGUUCCUGUCA